GGAAUAUUCGACAAGAUUGAGUACCCUUUCUGCUACGCCAGAAAAAAUUGUUGGCGUGUUUUGUCAGACGUUGCAAAGUAAUUUGGUUUUUCUGUGAAGCAAACGAAUAAUAAAUAUUAAAAAUGUACGGCGGUGAAGAUUUUGGCAAUACGGACUUUUACGAUGAUUAUGCGCACACCGGUGAUCCACAACUGGAUUUGGAGUACGAGCGUAACUACUACGCCAACCGCAUGCCGGAGAAUGUCAAGUUCUUUCUCAUGAACUUUUGCCAGGCAAUCAAGGAGGGGAAUCUCUAUGACAUACAGAACAUGUAUGAGAAUACAUUCCCGCAGAUCAGCGAUCACCACUUUGAUAAGAGUGCCUGGCCGGAGGAGCAGGAGGUUGGCGCCAUUGUAGACAACGAUAAGGUGUUUCUGAUACUCUACAAGGAGCUGUACUAUCGUCACAUCCACGCCCGCAUUCCUGGCGGUCCCAAGCUGGAGCAGCGCAUCAACUCAUUCUUCAACUAUUGCGAUUUCUUCAAUUUGAUCAUUUCGGCUCAGAAUCCCGUGAUGCUUGAACUGCCCGACAUCUGGUUGUGGGAGCUUGUCGAUGAAUUUGUCUACCAGUUCCAGAACUUUGCGCAGUAUCGUGCACGUUUGACCGACAAGUCGCAGGACGAAAUUCAACAGCUGUGUGUGAACCACAGCAAUGUUUGGAGCAUUCUGUGCAUUCUGAACGUGUUGCAUUCGUUGGUUGACAUCUCCAACAUCAAGAAGCAGCUGGAAGCCAUCUCGCAGAGCGUUGACCCGCAAACCGUCGCCGGUGACUUUGGCAAACUGGGCUUCUACAAGAUGUUGGGCUACUUCUCGCUGGUCGGUCUGUUGCGUGUGCACUCCCUGCUGGGAGACUACUACCAGGCCAUCAAGGUGCUGGAACCCAUUGAGAUCCACAAAAAAUCUGCCUACUCGCACAUACCCGCCUGCCAGAUAUCCACGUCGUAUUAUGUCGGAUUCGCCUACAUGAUGAUGCGCCGUUACGCCGAUGCCAUUAGGACCUUCUCAGACAUCCUGCUGUACAUUCAGCGCACCAAGCAGCUGUACAGCACUCGCUCUUAUCAGAACGAUCAAAUCAACAAACAGGCCGAACAGAUGUAUCACUUGCUGGCCAUUUGCCUGGUGUUGCAUCCUCAGUGCAUUGAUGAGUCCAUUCAGCAAGUUUUACGCGAGAAGAACUACCAUGACGCCAUGUUUAAGAUGCAGUGCGGUGAUUUGGAUGUGUUCAAGUCAUUCUUUGUGUUUGCAUGUCCACGAUUUGUUAGCCCCUGCCCCCCAGCCGCCGAUGCACCCAUGGAGGAUUACGUCAAGGACCCAAUGGAGCACCAGUUGCUCGUUUUCAUGGAUGAAGUACGCCAGCAAAAGGAUCUGCCUACCACCCGUUCGUAUCUGAAGCUCUACACCACAUUGCCGUUGACCAAACUGGCCUCCUUCAUCGAUCCCAAUGCAAGCGAUGAUGAUGUGUCGAAGCUGCUUAUUCGUUUGCUCUGCUUUAAACACAAGAUGCGCAAUUUGGUCUGGAGCAAGGGAUCCAGUGGCCUCGAGGGCAGCUUCAAGUCUGGCUCUGAGCUCGAUUUCUACAUUGAUGAUGAUAUGAUCCACAUUGCUGACACAAAGGUCUCACAUCGUUACGGUGAUUUCUUUGUGCGUAAAAUUAUGAAGUUCAACGACCUGAAUCGCAAGCUAAAGAGCAUCAACAUUUAAACGCAUAAAUCAAUUACUUUGUAAACGUUCUUGAACUAUUUAAUAUUCCAUCUUGGACUCUUUUGUUUUGACACCAAUAAAAACACAAAAUGCGCCGCAAAAAGGCAGCGAGAGGUCGAA